AUGGACGAGGGAAGUCUAAAACGUGGUCAUGUACCUACGUUAGACUCUCCGGGUAAACCCGAGAGCAAGUGCCGAUCUCAAGAAUCAUCAUGCAACACAGAUACACCUAGAGCAAGGCGCUCCAUUGCUCAUGCAUUUGCGUCCAGCCCAAAGUUGGCCAGCUCUAUCCCGAAAUCAAGAAGCCCCUCUCAAAGGGUAAUGCAAAUUUUAUAUCUUGUAUUUCUAUCCAUUUUUGAUCUAUUGAAAUAGUUUUGGUAAGCCCCUUUUUUUAGAACAUUAUUCAUGAUCAUGUUAUUUUUGUAUUAUUAGCUGGGCUUUAUAAAUCACAACAGGAAACAAGAAAUUUUACUAAUCUCUUAAUGUGAUUUUUUUUAAUAGGCUGCUCAAUCUUUGUUAAAGAGAGCCCGAAGGGUUUCUCCAAUAAAGGUAACCAGUACGCCAAUACGACGAAGGAGGCCAAUCCCUUGGACACUGGCUGAGGAUACUGCACUUGUGCAGUUCGUUGCCCUUCAUGAGGACCUACUCACAGAAGCCAUGAUCUGGCCCUCUUUCGGAGCCAGACACACAUAUUGGAGUGAAGCAGCCAAGUACCUCAAUGAGACAGUUCGAUCUGUCUCUCACUCCAGAUCAGGUGUGUUUGAAGUAAAGAAGCAGUGAAAGAUGGUGGUUUGGUUUGGACAAAAAUUAUCUGUCCAUCCCUUAUUAAUAUCUCGAAAAAAAAUUAAAACUUUGUAAAUGAGAUGUGUAUACAUUCAUGGAAUUUAUAAACCCUUUAAAACCUCGACCUAGUUUUGGCUGGUUUAUUUGUCACUUUGACUUAAUAAUCUGUCAAUGAUGGAAAUUAGGCAUCUCGGUAAAACCUUUUUAUUCACUUAAAUACAUUUUUCUUCACUGUUAGGUGUGAAAAUAAUAAUAGGAAACUUCUUGUAAAUGAAGGUCUCAAGGCAGGGAGAUUUUCAAGACUCGGCUAGUAAUUUUUUUUGUUUUUCCUAUAGCUGCUGCUGUGCGUCAACAUAUCCUCUGUGAUAUAAAAAAGAGAUUUAAAACACUUGAGGAAACAGAGGACUCCCUUAAUGGCCUUACGUUAGAGUCCUACUUGGAUGAAAGCAAUACCAGUGCGGGAGCAAAACCUCCGGCCACACUAGAUAUCAGCCAGUCCCUGAUUGAGAAAAUGGGACAUAUGACUCCAUCUCAGCUAAAAGAGUUAAUAGAAGAGGCCUGGCAGCUUCUCUCAAAACUACCUACAUUGGAAACAGACAUCAAAGAAGCAUUGGCCAACAGUUUUCGUCGGUUGGAGUGGGUUACAACGCAUGUAACCAAGUUGAUUUGA